UCAAACGCACAUGGUCGCAGUUUCAGCACGCGUCCGGCGCAGAACGGCACGAUGAGUAAAUUAAAGAGCAAAAAGAGAAAUAUCGAGGAGAAUGAAGACGAAAAGCUGCCCAUCUUUGAUAAGGACAGCAGUAAAGAUGCUCAUCUAGAUGACAAUGAUGCAGAUGAGGCUGAUCUGUCGGAUAGUGAGGAGAGCGUCUUCUCUGGACUUGAAGAAUCAGGUAGUGACAGUGAUGAAGAUGAGGAGGAGGAUGAAGAAGAAGAGGAUGGCUCUGAAGAAGAGAGCUCUGAUGUAGAAAACAAGAAGAAAGUCAGUGGAGAUGUUCAGCUGUCUGACAAAGAUGUCAGUAAACCUAAGGCUGAUGGCCAAAAUUCAAAGGAAAAGAAGAAGAAAAAUACCAAAUCUGCAGUACAGCACGGAGGUAAAGAGAGUGUGGUGUCAGACAGAGAUAACGGCCUCAAGAUUCCCUUACAGGUGGACGAGUAUGAGCACGAUACAUCAGAUGAGGAGGACAUCCGUAACACAGUGGGCAACAUUCCCAUGGAGUGGUACAAAGAUUAUCCCCACAUCGGAUACGACCUGGAUGGCAAGAAGAUCUUUAAGCCAAUCAGGAACAAAGAUGAGCUGGAUGAGUUUCUGGACAAGAUGGAGAAUCCUGAUUACUGGCGUACUGUCCAAGACAAGACAACUGGCACAGAUAUCCGCUUGUCCGACGAGCAGGUCGACCUUGUGCACCGUCUGCAGGAGGGCAAGUUCGGUGAUGUCAACUUCAACGAAUACGAGCCUGCGCUUGACUUUUUCUCCAAUGAAGUGAUGAUUCACCCGGUCACUAACAGGCCUCAGGACAAACGAAGCUUUAUUCCAUCACUCAUCGAGAAAGAAAAGGUCGGGAAGUUAGUCCAUGCCAUUAAAAUGGGUUGGAUCAAACCACACAGGCCCAAGGAGACCACACCAAUAUAUUACGAUCUGUGGGCCAAGGAGGAUCCAAACAGCAUCCUGGGACGCCACAAAAUGCACGUCCCUGCGCCCAAAAUGAGACUUCCUGGACACGAAGAGUCGUACAACCCCCCUCCAGAGUACCUGCUGUCAGAGGAAGAGAGGCUGGCAUGGGAGCAACAGGAUCCAGAGGACAGGAAGUUGAGUUUCCUGCCGCAGAAGUUCGCCUGCCUGAGAGCUGUUCCCGCGUACUCGCGCUUCAUUCACGAACGGUUCGAGCGCUGUCUCGACCUGUACCUGUGUCCUCGCCAGCGGAAGAUGAGAGUGAAUGUGAAUCCCGAAGACCUGAUUCCCAAACUGCCCAAACCAAAAGACUUGCAGCCAUUCCCAACCACACAGGCUCUGGUAUAUCGUGGACACUCCAGUUUGGUUCGAAGCAUCAGUGUUUCUCCGGGUGGACAGUGGCUCGUAUCCGGCUCUGAUGACUGCAUGGUGCGUUUCUGGGAGGUCAGCACAGCGCGCUGCCUGAAGACUGUGGAGGUGGGCGGAGCCGUAAAGGCCGUGGCCUGGAAUCCCAAUCCUUCCGUCUGUCUGGUUGCAGUCAGCUAUGAUGACACUGUACUCCUCGUGAACCCUGGUUUGGGUGACCGGCUGGUAUGUAAUGCUACGGAUCAGCUGAUCUCAUCCUUUGAGGAGCCAGAGGAAGUGAAAGACCAGCCGGUGCAGUGGACUGUCUCAGAGGGCGAAGGUCAUGAGCAGGGUCACCGUCUCACCCUCAAACACCCUAAGGCUGUAAGGCAGGUGACGUGGCACGUGAAGGGAGAUUACCUGGCGUGCGUGAUGCCCGACAACAGCAGCAAUCUGCAGGUUGUGAUUCAUCAGGUGAGCAAACGGCGGACGCAGAACCCCUUCCGCAAGAGCAAAGGCCUGGUGCAGUGCGUAUCCUUCCACCCAGUCAGGCCCUAUUUCUUUGUGGCAACGCAGCGCUACGUACGUGUGUACAACCUCAUCAAACAGGAGCUCACCAAGAAACUGCUGGCCAACUGCAAAUGGAUCUCCAGCAUGGCCAUUCACCCGGGAGGCGAUAAUGUGAUCUGCGGCAGCUACGACUGUCGUCUGGCCUGGUUCGAUCUGGACCUGUCCACAAAGCCUUACAAAGUUCUCCGACACCACAAGAAGGCUCUGAGAGGCGUGGCUUAUCACAGACACUACCCGCUGUUUGCAUCCGGUUCUGAUGAUGGCAGCGUUAUCGUCUGUCAUGGGAUGGUCUACAAUGAUCUGCUUCAGAAUCCUCUUAUUGUUCCUGUGAAAGUUCUGAAGGGUCACACCAUCACUCAUGACCUGGGCGUCCUCGACGUGACCUUUCACCCGACCCAACCCUGGGUGUUCUCUUCCGGGGCCGACGGAACAGUCCGUCUCUUUACCUAGAAACAGCAUCGGUGGCUUACAAAAACCUCUCCACAAGGAGCUACAACCUUGACUUUCUAAACCAGAAAUCACACACCAGUUAAGACUGAAUGAGCUUUUGGACUCCAGAACGUUUCAAGAUGAAUCCAUCACUCUGCUCCCUGAAGACAUCAAGAUGUUGCUGGCAGAAAUCAAGUGCCUGAUCUGAUAUUGAACAUGUCAUUAUAAUAUGUGUUAGAGCUAUGUUUUGCUUUUUAUGUUUCAAGAAAAUAUAUCCAGCCGUGUCUAGAUUCCCAUAGGACUGUAGUCCAGUGUAACUGACACUGUAAAAAGAGACAGGUUUGGUUUCAUAACCCAAAACCGUGAGCGCUCAGGAAGGCCCGUUUCCGUAUCGGGUUGUUGGUGCCCCACAGCAAAUCAAAUCCAACCGCUAAUCCUUGGAAACAGAAUUUGAAAUAAAACAAAAAUGUCAGACGAUGGGCCAUGCCAAAGCAAAUAACGCAUGAAACAAAGCUGUUCUUGCAGACGUUUGGCCAACAAUUACACCUCCCGUAGUUUUUAAAGCGAUAGUUCACCCAAAAAUAAAACCCAUGUCAUCAUUUACCCACCCUCAUGACGUUCCAAACCAGUAUGCUUUGAUUUUUUUUUUCUGUGGAACUCAAAAGGAGAAUCUUCUUGCAAAUCCCAAUUUAACAAAACGUCAAGUGAUCACAUCUUUCAAGACCAAAAAGGACCAAAAAAAAAAGCACCACAAAAGUAGUCCAUACGACUCGUGCGCUAUAUUCCAAAGCUUCAGAAGCCAUACAAUAGCUUUGUGUGAGGAAAACUCAGAAAUUAAGUCGUUAUUUACUAAUCCACAUCUGCCAAAACUCUCAUUUAGUCUGCGUUCAUGUCCACAAUUUUAAAAAAGCACAUUGUGUUUGAUUAGAAACUCUUAAUUCGUCACUUUUUAAAUUGGCGGAGAUAUUUAGUGAAUUACGUCUUAAAUUUGGGAUCUUGACAGACGUGGUCACUAUGAACUCUUAAUUGAAUGCAAAGAAAAGCUGAACUAUCCCACUAAGUUUUUCAUCCUAAAACAGAACGUCUGCCACCCACCAGUGCUAACGACGUACCAGUUUGCGCUUGCUUUCUUUUUUUUUUUUUUUUUUUUUUUUUAACUUGUUGACUUGUGGAAUAUUUACCACUUGUAUUUCAGAGACCAGUUCCUUUAUAAUUAAACAUGGUGUUC